AUGCAAAUGACGCAUGUGUCGACAUCCGGCGGUCUCAUCCUACACCGCAUGCAACGGGGAAGCAUUCAAAUCGAACAGAACGCAGAAUUUGUGGAAGACAUCUACCUUGCCGUCAAGUCGAUGCCAUUGUUCCAAGCCGAAUUCCGCGGUAAUCUCGCGGUCAUUGUCCCGGACAACGCGCCUGCCCACAGCCAAAUGGAGACCCGCAUGCCUGGGUACGACGACUGCGACUUGCUACGCCUUGGCCCUUAA